UUUAUUAUUAUGGUGAUAAUAUCGAAUGUAUACCAAUAGUAAUAACGAUAUCUUCAAGCAUCAAUAAAUAACUGUAUAUUUUAAUAGAUAGUCAAACACGGACCAAUUUAAACAAUUGGAGCUUCAUUAAAAAUGAGAUAAGCGCUCCUAUUCGUUUAUACGCUUUGCUUGUUAAAUUACAACAAAUAAUUCACUUGCCAUACUUUUACAUUAUAUUUGAUUUGAUUAUGGAGCUCCAGUGCAAAAUCCAAAAUUAUGAAUGGGGCAAAUUAGGUUUGGACAGUACAGUAGCAAAGCUUGUAGUGAAUGCAGAUCCGUCCAUGACUAUUGAUCCGAAUAAGUCUUAUGCAGAAUUGUGGAUGGGUACUCAUCCUAAUGGACCAUCCCUCAUCAUAGAAAGAGAUAUCCACUUAUCAGAAUAUUUAAAAAACAACCUGGAUGCAAUCGGACCAGAUGUAAGGAGGAAGUUUGAUGUAUCUGUACCAUUUUUACUAAAGAUCUUGUCUGUGAGAAAAGCUCUGUCUAUACAAGCACACCCUUCAAAGGCACAUGCUGAAGAGCUUCAUAAAAAUUUUCCUGAGUUAUACAAGGAUCCUAAUCACAAACCAGAACUGGCUAUUGCUCUCACACCAUUUGAAGCACUCUGUGGUUUCCGGCCUAUUUCUCAAAUAAAGGAGUAUAUUAACAAGUUGCCAGAACUGAAAGAAAUUCUAUCAGAGGCUAGUGUAAAUGCUCUAGAACAAGGUGCUGUUGAUGAUAGUGCUUCAUUACUUAAGGAUGUCUUCCAAUCCUUGAUGACUUCUGAAAAGAAUACAAUAGCUAGAGCACUUGAAAAUGUAAUGAAAAAAUUGCAAAGUGAAGAUGAAUCAACACAGUCUAAACUUCUGUAUCCACUACUCAAGAAGUUACACUCAGAUUAUCCCGGUGAUGUAGGUUGCUGGGCCCCAUACUUCAUGAACUAUAUACAGCUGCGUCCUGGACAGGCUAUAUUUUUAGGGCCCAACUUGCCGCAUGCUUAUUUAAGUGGAGAUUGUGUUGAAUGCAUGGCAUGUUCGGAUAAUGUAGUACGAGCUGGGCUAACACCAAAACACAUAGAUGUUCCCACGCUCAUCAACAUGUUAGACUACACUAGCUAUCAACCAAAUGAGUUACUAUUUGUUCCUCAAAUUGAAGAUCCAAAUAGUUGCAUUUGGAGGCCUCCUGUGCCAGAUUUUGCUGUGGUUAAAAUACGGGUAGAAAGUGGGGAUUCAUACAACACAAUUGUACGUCCCAGUCCAAGUAUUAUCAUAAUAAUCUCUGGUAAAGGCGAAGCCUGUGACACUGAGCCCAUACCAGCUCGUGCCGGAGUUGUUAUCUUCUUGAAGGCCAGUCGCCAACUGACCCUAACGCCCUCUGACGGUGAACAUAUUGAGGCUUAUCAGGCCAUUUGUAAUGUUUAGUGUUUGAUAAUUAUUAGAACAAAUUUACAAAUUCUUUUUUUGUAGUCGGUAAAAUUGCUUUCAUAAACUUUUAACCCAAGUCAAUUUUUUUUAAAUAAUUAAAUGAAACGAGAAAAUUAAGAUUUAAGUUCAGUAUUAUGACGCUGUUUAACCAAAGUAUAAUUUGAGGCUUAUUAUUUUAAAUUUUCAAGACUAUAUUAUGUAAAAGAAAAUUUAAUUUUCUCUUAUCCUCAAAUUAUUUUUUUUAAAUAAUUAAACUAUAACAAGGAUAAGGAAAAGGAAGCAAUAAUUAUCCUAAACUAUGUUAUACUAUGAUAAAUAAUUAUAGAUAAAUGUAUGGUUUGGGUUAUUU